AUGGACUUGACGAGCGCCCCACCUGCGACUACCUCGAGUUCUACAUCAUCCACGCUUGCCAGCUUCGAAACCCCGUUGACAGUAACGCACAGCGAACAAACAUCCCCAAGCACUACUAGCGAUCAACCAGCAUCGUCCACUUCUACUGCCACAAGUAGCGGCCUCAAUGCAGCUGCAGUAAUUGGUGUUUCGGUCACAUCGGGAGUUUCUGGAUUCUUCAUUCUCGGGGUUAUCCUAUUCUUCUGCUGCAGGAGGGUACGGCGUCAGCAUCAGAAAAUUAAAGAUCGAGAAUUCUUCGAGAUUGGAGGUGUCAUGUCGGAACCUCCAGACUUUGGCUUACCGCUUCCUCGACGUCCAAUUCAAGGGCCACCCAACCCUUCUUUUAGUGCCGGAAGCCAGCAAUCCAAUUCAGAGACUGCGAGGUUAAUGUUGCCAUUCAAGCCGGCAGCCCGAAACCCAGCAGUCAUCGUUACAGGCCCUGGUGAUUAUCAUUUUGCAUAUGAUAGUCCAGACAGAAUCGGUUUUGCGGUGUCAACGAAUUCCGAAUUUGACGCAUCCCCAAGUCAGACCUCAGAGCGCACGGUUUCCGAUUUGUUACCGGAUAAGCCAAACAUGAACCUGUAUCCGAAGCCAUUGAGAUGGAGCAGUCACAAGCCCUCGCGACACAUGAGCAGUGACACAUUGUUCGAAGAGGACGCAGCGAGGCCUAGAAGCCUUCUUGGGUCUUCGAGCCAAAACAAGGGUUCCACGGGUGGAGCAAACGGACACAAUGGCAGCCGGCAGUAUAGGCCAAAUCUGGCAAUGGGCUUACCAUCUAACCCGCGCGCAAUGCUAUAUGGAAUGGGCAACGCGUCGUUAUCCAAGAAGAAUGCUGGAUAUGGAGCGAAGCCGGUCUUCGCCCAUACUGGGGAAAGGGUUGCGCACUACCAACAAGCAGAAAUCUGUCAUCAGCAAGAUUACAUGGACAGUCGCUGGUUAGAUCCUCGCACCGGAUAUGGUCAGAGUGACGGGCGGCAAUCAACUCGUGGAGCUGCACGUCGGUCAGUCGAGCUAGGAACGCACGAUAACCUCGUAAAAACUUCAACAGACGGCUUUGAGACCAUCAGCCUCAAUGAACGCUCGGAGUUUCGUCGAAAGUCUCGGCGUUCUGGCGACUUUAAGCCACUCACUCCUGUGAGGGAGGUGGUCACACCAUCGGGAAAGGCUGGCAAGAACGAGGGUGGCGGCUACUUUGACAGCGGUGCUUCUGUGCCGAAUCCCAGAAUGCCCUUCUCCGGGACAGCUCCUCCUGUGCAGGAGAUCGUGUCCCGACCUCGGAUCGUGCGAGGCGACGACAUUAAAAGAGUGCAGAUUCGCAAAGGCAAGCCACAGCCCCAAGGACUGAGAGUCCCAUAUUCUCCCGAGGACUGCUGGCUAGAGUCGACCCGUGAUUCGCGAACUCAGUACUCUGAUCACAAGUCCAAGAGACUCCCGGUUGACCCCAGCUUUCCAGUGGAGAGUAUGGCACCUGGUACGCCGCGGAGGAAACCAGUGUCCUGGGGCCGCAACCUGACACCGGCACGGCGAGGCUCUGACCUGAUUCUGCGCGUGGAUUAG